AAUGUCAAACGCUUCUACUUCCGCUGCUGCUACUGGGCUCUCUUCUACAACAUCAACGACAACCACCACCACUGUCACCACUACCACCACCACUACCACAACCACCAGUGGCUUUACCUUGAACCUAAGGUCACUGAUGUCAUCUGGGAUUAACAACAUUUUUCCAGUUGGCAUUAAUUCGCUACCGUUUACUUCGACUGUUAAUUCAAUUGUAACUCCCGUGAUGACUUACGGUCAGCUGGAUGGUCUGAUAAACAAAUGGAACCUUGAUUUAGAGGAUCAAGAGAAGUACUUUCUUCACCAGGCCACUCAGGUCAAUGCUUGGGAUCGUACCUUGAUUGAGAAUGGUGAGAAGAUUACUACUUUACAUGGAGAAGUGGAAAAAGUGAAACUGGAUCAGCAGAGGCUGGAACAAGAAUUGGAUUUUAUCCUGUCACAGCAGAAGGAACUGGAAGAUCUCUUGACCCCUUUAGAGGAGUUUGUGAAGGACCACAGUGGGGCUCCUUAUCUGCAGCUAGCAGAUGAGGAUCAUGGGAAGACUUACAAAUUAGCAGAAAAUAUAGAUGCUCAGCUGAAACGAAUGGCCCAAGAUCUCAAGGACAUUGUUGAGCACCUGAAUAGAGUUGGAAGUCCUGCUGACACUACUGACCCGCUCCAGCAGAUCUGCAAGAUCCUGAAUGCUCAUAUGAACUCUCUACAGUGGAUUAAUCAGAAUUCAGGCAUGCUGCAGAAGAAGGUAGAAGAGGUAACACGGGUUUUUGAGGAUCAUUGUCGUGCGGAGCAAGAACACAAUAUCAGAAUUGCUUUUGAUUGAACGACCAUAUAUUCAGCAUGCUGUUUUGGGAUUAUACAUUAUCUACAAGUUGUUAUGAUGUGAAAUAGAGUAGUAUUCACAAUUAACUAUUUAGUGUUUGGUUGCAAUGAAGUUUUCUUGUGGUUGGUUUGAUUUUUUU